AUGGUGAGAUCCUGCGCGUACUGGUCAAUACUUCAGCGCAAAUUAAAUGCGAUGUCGGUUCCAGUUUGCCAGACGAUAAAGUUUUACUGGUCGUUUGGUACAAGAAUAAUCUUCCAAUUUAUAGUUAUGAUACACGUGGUGCGCAUGCGGGUACGCCUUCGCAUUGGCGAGAUGAGGAAGUGCUCGAAGAUCGAGCUCUAUUUCGCACACACAAAGAGCCAGCUGAAUUGAUUAUAAAUCCAGUGAAGGAAAAGGAUGCAGGCAAUUUCCGUUGCAGAGUUGACUUCAAACUCUCGCAGACUAGAAAUAGUAAUGUCAAUUUGGAAGUUGUGGUGCCACCACAACAGCCAACCAUUUUCAAUGAACGCCACAUGCGGAUAGAAUCGCGCGCCGGUCCGUACGAGGAAGGCGGCAGUCUGGAAGUGACAUGUGUCGUUUAUGGCGGUUCACCGCCACCUACUGUGACAUGGCUUAUGAACGGCCAACUACAAAAUAGUGUGGUGGAUUACUCAUAUGAAGGCAACAUCAACAGCAAAUUAGUUGUGCGAAAUUUGUCACGCAUUCACCAACAUGCUGUGUACACGUGUCAAGCGAGUAAUUUUCACAAGAAAUAUGUCGCCACCAAUAUCACAAUUGAAUUGUAUU